GGAGCGAAGCUGGGCACCAAGGACACCGCGACCCUGGAGCAGCAGCAGAGCUACGCGGACCAGGAGGAGGCGCCGAACACCAAGGACCACACGACGCACGAGAAGAAGCGGAACUACGACGACCAGGAGGAGACGCUGAACACCAGGACAGAGAAGCAGCAGAACCGCGACGACCAGGACCCGGCGCUGGGCACCAAGGACACCACCCUGGAGCAGCAGAGCUUCACAGACCAGGAGGAGGCGCUGAACACCAAGGACCACGCAACGCACGGGAAGCAGCGGAAGUACGACGGCCUGGACGAGACGCCGGGCGUCGGGGACGCCACGACCCUGGAGCAGCAGAGCUACGCAGACCAGGAGGAGACGCUGCACACCAACUACGUCGACCAGGACGAGGCGCUGGGCGCGCAGGGGCGCGAAGAUAACGCGGCGCGCGAGGUGCCGCCCACUUUCAUCGAUCUCGUACACGACGUCGUGCGGAUGCGGCUCGAGGAGGGGCGCAAGGUCACAGCCCCGUGGAUGUGCGUCUUCGAGCCGACGAAGAGGACACCGACAUAG